UAGUACGAAUCCGUCAGGCCGGAACCAUGGCAGUGACCAAGGAGCUCUUACAGAUGGACCUGUACGCGCUGCUAGGCAUUGAGGAGAAGGCAGCGGACAAAGAGGUAAAGAAGGCGUAUAGGCAGAAGGCCCUCUCCUGCCACCCAGACAAAAAUCCAGAUAAUCCCAGAGCAGCUGAACUCUUCCACCAGCUUUCUCAGGCCUUGGAGGUGCUGACCGAUGCUGCAGCCAGGGCUGCAUAUGACAAGGUCAGGAAAGCCAAGAAGCAGGCAGCAGAGAGGACCCAGAAACUUGAUGAGAAAAGGAAGAAAGUGAAGCUUGACCUGGAGGCCCGGGAGCGGCAGGCCCAGGCCCAGGAGAGUGAGGAGGAAGAGGAGAGCCGGAGCACCAGGACACUAGAGCAAGAGAUCGAACGCCUGAGAGAAGAGGGUUCCCGGCAGCUGGAGGAACAGCAGAGGCUGAUCCGGGAGCAGAUACGCCAGGAGCGUGACCAGAGGUUGAGAGGAAAGGCAGAAAAUACCGAAGGCCAAGGAACCCCCAAACUAAAGCUAAAAUGGAAGUGCAAGAAGGAGGAUGAGUCAAAAGGUGGCUACUCCAAAGACGUCCUCCUACGGCUUUUGCAGAAGUAUGGUGAGGUUCUCAACCUGGUGCUUUCCAGUAAGAAGCCAGGCACUGCUGUGGUGGAGUUUGCAACCGUCAAGGCAGCGGAACUGGCUGUCCAGAAUGAAGUUGGCCUGGUGGAUAACCCUCUGAAGAUUUCCUGGUUGGAGGGACAGCCUCAGGAUGCCGUGGGCCGCAGCCAUUCAGGACUGUCAAAGGGCUCAGUGCUGUCAGAGAGGGACUACGAGAGCCUCGUCAUGAUGCGCAUGCGCCAGGCGGCCGAGCGGCAACAGCUGAUCGCACGGAUGCAGCAGGAAGACCAGGAGGGGCCGCCUACGUAGCCCCGGCUCCAGCCACCCACCCCUCCGCCCUUUUCGUCAACGUCACCAAUAAAAUUUUUUUUUUUAAGAUUUU